AUGAUUGUGGGAUUGUGGAUAUACCUAGUGUUGGGAGGGGUAGUAUUUCACUUUCUAGAACAACCAAAUGAAAGUGAAACGAGGGAGAUAACAAAGACAACUCGUUUUGAGUUUCUAAAGAACUUUUCCUGUGUGUCAAAUGAGCAGUUUGAGCUCCUGAUAAAGACCGUAAUCAAGGCAUAUGGCCAGGGUAUUAUAGCCACAAAUACUACAGAUUCUGCAUCUAACUGGGACAUUCCUGCUUCUAUCUUCUUCUCCACAACAAUUGUCACCACCGUAGGCUAUGGCCAUAUAUCACCUGCAACAUCUGGUGGGCAAGUCUUCUUCAUCUUCUAUGCCUUGUUUGGAAUUCCAUUCACAGCCAUUAUCCUUGGAGGAAUCGGUGGACAAUUACUGAAACUAAGGAAUAAAUUCAUAGAUAAAGUAUUUAAGGACAGUGCUAAAUUUAAGGAAAAAACUAAAGGUAUAGUGUUGAUAGCUUCUGUGAUACUAUUAGGAUGGACUUUAUUUGUUCUUUUGCCAGCUCUACUGUUCUCUAUUGUGCAACAAUGGAGUUAUGGAACGGCAUUAUACUACACAUUCGUCACACUCACAACUGUUGGUUUUGGAGACUAUGUAGCAGGUAAAUUGAACAAACUGUAA